AUGAUUAAAUCUGAGCAUGUCCAUUUUGUUUCUACACAAAAUGGAUCGUCUCUUAUGGCCUCAUCCUCAAUUACAGCCAAUAUUGUUUCUCCUCUAUCUUUAAUUGAAUGUCCUGAAUCUUAUAUUAUAGGACCUAAACUUGCUGAAUCGUUAUUUGGCCAUAUAUGGAAUGAAAACUUACACAUACGUCAACCCCUUAUUAAGCUUUCUUUUCUAUUCGAAGUUCUAGUCCAAAAGAAUAAAAGCAAAUGGAAAGAAUAUUUAGAUAUGUUACCGUCCUAUGAUGAAAUUAGCAUACCUGUAUCUUGGACUUCAAAGGAGUUAGAAUGGCUUGCAGGAACAAAUAUAUACAACCAUAUUUCUCAGAGAACUCAUCAGUGGAAAUCUGAAUGGGAGGAAUUAAAAAAAUAUGUAUUUGAUAUUAAUUGGUCUCUUUUUUCUCUUGCAACAUAUAACUGGGCUUCAGCUAUAUUUUUGUCUCGAUCAUUUCCUGCAAGAAUAAUCUAUAAUGAAAAUAAAUAUGCCUGUGAAAAGCUUGGCUUAAGUAUGCUGUUACCAGUUAUUGAUUCUUUGAACCAUGCACCUGAAACCGCUGUCUUUUGGGGCACCAACGAUAGUUCGUUUUUACUUUCAAUAGGAUACCCUAUUGCAAAAGACACCGAAAUAUUUAAUAAUUAUGGGCCUAAAGGAAAUGAAGAGCUUUUAAUGGGUUAUGGAUUUUGUUUGAAUACUUUUAAGUUUGAUUUAGUAACUGUUAAGCUGGGGAUUCCUAAUAAUAAAACUAUUAAGGAAAGUUUAAUACAAAAUAAUAUUCAACUAGAAGAUAAUCAUUUCACGGAAUUUCUCUCUCUUGAUUCACCUAUGAGUGAAAAACUAUUGACCAUAUUUACUAUUGUCAGCAAACGAGAUGAAGAACUUCUCUAUAAAAACUCUAGUGUUCUGUUAACUAGAAGUGAGGCGCUGAAUGGAAUUAUUGCGUUAAAGCGAGCUUUAGCUCAAAAACUCCUUAAUAUUAAUGAACAGGAAUCAUUUUUAACUAAAAAAGAAAUAACAGAACUUGGACAUAUAUCUAAAAAUCGUUAUGUUAACGCUACAUUAUAUCGCCAAGGUCAGAGAUUGAUUUUAGAAAAAUCUUUAGAUUCUUGUGAUGCCAAAACCAGCAAAUUGAUUAAAAAUGCUCAGCAUAAAAUUGAUCUCAGUAAUAUUUUUACUCCUGAAAUUGAAAAAAUUCUUAAGCAGCUUCUUGGUAUCGAAGAACCUAAUUAUUCAUUAUUAGAUGAUAAUGACAAUGCCGAAAUGGCUAUCAUUAUAAUUAUUGCUGCGGAAUUUUUGAAAGGAGAUGACUCAAAAUAUAAAGAGCCAUUAAAUAUUAUGUGGGAGGUUUUGGAGGACGUUAGCAUUCUACAAGAACUUUCAAAUUCUUAUGAACAAGAUGUAUUUAACUACAUAGAAGAAAAUAGGCGCUCGAUGGAUACCAAAUCGGAACUUCUUCAACUAAUGGCUCAAAGGCAGUGGACUCCCAAGGUUUUGGCCGAAGCCAAAAGAGUUGUUUACAGAUAUGGUUAUUGGCCGUCAGAAACUUCAAAAAAUUUUUUGCUUUUGGUUUAA